AUGAAUAAUUCCCAAAAAAGUAAGUCUGUUCGUUCUGGUUCAGCUAGAGUACGAUCUGCAAUAGAAAGAGCUGGAUUACUUUAAUAAAGAGAAUAAUUACGAGAAAUGUUAAUCAGCAAAUUUAGUAAAGAUUAUGCUUAGGGAAAUAAAAACAAAGAAGUUCUAAUAUAAUAAAUAGUUAAUGAAUACUUUACAAAUGAGCAAGUAAUUGUUAAUUACUAAAUUAGGUUACAGAAAACUCAUUAAAACAAUUGAAAGCAAGAGUAAUAGAGGCUGUUUAAAAAUAAAAAGGACAAACUCAAACAUAGCAUGUAACCCAGAAUAAUAAUAAUUCUCAAAUAGACAAUAAAAGUGAAUAGAGAUCAUAAAUUGCCAGACCCCAAUCAGUAAGAAAUUCAACAAAAUCAGAACUUGAUCAAGAUUAAUAUUCUGUAACGUCUUCUUAAUUUGAAAAACAACCGAAAUCAGUAUAUGUUGUAGAUGAAGAGGAUGAAUGGGCUGCAUUAGUAAAAUUUGAUACAGAACUUUAUUCUAAAGAAUAAUAGCUUGAGUAAUAGAGAUAGGCAGAGUUUAAGAAAAAGAUGAAAGCAGAAUUAGAUAGACAGUUAGAAGAAAAGAAAAGAAGAAUGGAGAUGGAAAAGAGAUAAGAGGAAGCUUAUGUGAAAUUAAGAGAUUAUUAGAUGGAUGUUUAUGAUUAAAGGGAAGAACAAAAAAAGAGAGAAGUAGCUAAAAAAUAAUAAAUGGAAAAAGAAUAAAGAGAUCGAUAAGUCAGAGAUGAAGAGAAAAGAAAGUUUAUAGAGAAAAAGAAAUAAUAGGAAUUAGAUGCAAUAUUAGUAUAGAGGAUAUAAGAAGAAUUGAAAUAGGAAUAAAAAGAAGUCUUAUUAAAAAAGGAUAUGGAGAAGAGAAAGUUCAUAGAAAUGAUGGAUGAGAAUGAAAAAAAUAGAUAAAAAUAAGUCUAAGAUGAAGUAUCAGAUAAAUAAUUAGAAAUUGAUAUGCAAAGGAAAUAUAUAUAGUUAUAAUAAAAGUUGGAAGAGGAAAGAGAAUUGGAGAAAAAGGAAAGAGAAGAUAAGAUAAAGAAGAUAAUGAGUGAUUUUUCAUAGACAGUAGUAAAGAAUCAAAAAGAUUAAAUAAAGUAUGAAUAGGAAUUAAAUAUAGGGCGGAAGAUGAUAAGAUGAUGAAAGCAAUAUUGAUGUAAAAUGAACUUGAGUAGUAAGAUGAGGAAAUGAAAAAAAGACAAAUUAAAUCAUAGUAAUAAGAGAUGAGAAAAUACUUGAUAAAGUAAAUGGAAGAUAAAAAGUAUGGAUAUUAUGAUGAUUUUAGAUAGAGACUAAAGGAGGAAGAAGAACUAAAUAAGAAAUAAGCUUAAGUUUGGCAAUAAGAUUUAUAGACAUUUUAAUAGCAUGAGAAAUCAAAAUAUGACUAUAUAAAAGAUGUUAAUGUGAAGCAUUAAGAGAUUUUAAAGUAGCAAAUGGAUGAGAAGAAAUCACAAUAGAGACCAAGGAAUAAGAUGAAUAAUGAAGAAUUGAUGCAUAAUAAGCCUUUGUUAAAAGAAUUGGCAGAUAAAUAAGAUAAUAUAAAGGUGAGGAAAAUAAAUAUAGGAUGAUGAGAA